UGUGAGAAUAGAUAUUAUUUAGAUUGUUCGAGGACACUGAGACGGGAUCACGGAGAGUUUGUUUUUGUCCCCUGGAGUAGCUGUCCUGUGUGAGGUGAGAUUUGUUUUUAGCAGGUUGAAACAUAAUUUGGAGUUCCACAACAAUGUACAUGGAUUUACAACGGCUUUGGUUAUAACACCAUUUACAUCGCUGCGUCUUUUUGGAGUUUAUGUCGGACAGUCGUCAGUUUUAAAGUACUGCAGUGAGGGCUCGUAGGAACAGCUGCCAUUCUCAGAAUGUUGUUGAAGCUGAUAUUGAUGGGCUCAGGGUGGGUUGGAUUCACGGACACUCGACACGGUAUGGUCGCCAUAACAUUCUUUGCCUUCUUUAUGCAAGUGCUCGUGGAUGCCAGCUCAUGGUGGUCUCUAGCGUUGAAUCCACUCCUGAUACCAGAAGUGUAUAUCAUCGGGGCUCAGCCGCUCUGCAGUCAGUUGGAUGGACUAUCUAAAGGCCAGAAGAAGCUUUGCCAACUGUACCAGGAUCACAUGCAGUACAUUGGAGAGGGCGCUAAGACGGGCAUCAGGGAGUGUCAGUACCAGUUCCGCCAUCGCCGCUGGAACUGCAGCACUGUUGAUAACUCCUCUGUGUUUGGGCAUGUCAUGCAGAUAGGCAGCAGAGAGACAGCAUUUACAUACGCCAUCAGCGCGGCUGCUGUAAUGAAUGUAGUGAGUCGCGCCUGCAGAGAGGGGGAGCUGUCGAGCUGUGGCUGCAGCAGAGCUGCAAGACCUAAAGAUCUGCCACGAGAUUGGAUGUGGGGUGGCUGUGGAGAUGAUGUCAAUUACGGAUACCGCUUUAGCAAGGAGUUUGUGGAUGCCCGUGAACGUGAGAAAAGCUUUGCCAAAGGCUCUAUGGAGAGCGCCAGACUUAUGAUGAACCUUCAUAACAAUGAGGCGGGACGGAGGACCAUAUCAGAUCUGGCUCAUGUGUCAUGUAAGUGUCAUGGUGUGUCCGGCUCCUGCAGUCUGAAAACAUGCUGGAUCCAGCUUGCAGAUUUCCGUAAGGUGGGCGACGCUCUGAAGGAGAAAUACAACAGUGCCGCUACCAUGAAGCUCAACAGUCGUGGAAAACUCGUCCAACUUCACUCUAAAUUUAACCCUCCCACCAGCCAUGACCUGGUGUACAUCGACCCCAGUCCAGACUACUGUGUAGAGAACAAGACCACUGGCUCACUUGGAACUCAAGGUCGCCUCUGUAACAAGACAUCCGAGGGCAUGGACGGGUGUGCGCUCAUGUGCUGUGGUCGCGGUUACGAUCAGUACAAGGCGCAGCUGGUGGAGCGCUGUCACUGCAAGUUCCACUGGUGCUGCUACGUCAAAUGCAAGCGGUGCGCGCACAUCGUCGACCAGUUUGUGUGCAAGUAGUGUCCAGCGAUUGACAAGAGGAGAAAAGUGAAAUACAUUAUUUAUAGAGUUGAAAACAUUAUGGAAAAGACUUUGUUAUCCUUCUACCAAUUCGUCAAAGGAAACUAUAUCAUUAUAUAUUUAUUUUCUGAGAUUGUUCAUUUUGCAGAUAAGAGAGGAUUUGAAUGAAAAAUUACUCAAAUACAGAGUUGUGCAGUCUUGGUAUUAUCCAUAUAGAGUUUAUACAUUAAGUUUGGCCUGAUUCUUUAAGUUUCACAUGCGGUACCAUGCUGAGAUUCAACCAAUUUUUGAUAUUUGAAAACAGUGAUAAAUAGUUUCUAUGCUAUUAGCAAAUGUUUCUUCAAGUGGAAUUUCAUUGCUCUCAUUUUAUUUUACUUUACACUGAUUUAUUAAAAUUUUUUACAAAUUGAUCUUAAAGAGAUGUUUCACCCCAAAAUGAAAAUUCUGUCAUUAUUUAAACCUGGUCUCAUAGUGAAAGCGUGACUCUAUAUACAAAAUGUGUUAUAUGUGUCUUCAGGUGCAAUUCCCUGCAGUUUCCAUUAGAAAGGAACACUAGAGGCACUACAACAACUGUUUGUUUUAUUCACUUUCACUCAAAUCAUGACUUUAAUGGCUGAUUAAUACUUUAUAAACUUAUUUUUCUCUCUAUUACUCAGACCCACUUUUACUCUAAUGCAUCUUUUGAAAACAAUACAUUGUAAUGCUUGUAUUACAGACCCACCUACAUAUAUACACUUAUUCCAAGUUGAUUAGCAAGCAUGGUAGCAGAGCAUUGGCCUUUGAGUCAGAGGACUGCUGGUUCAAUUCCAGCCAUAAACUCAAGCUGACACGUGACGUGAUAGAGUCAUAGAAGCGACUCGAAAUGGUUGCUUCAGAAAAUUUGCUUUUCAUUUUAAAACACUAAUGUUUAGGUUUAGGCAUUGGGUAGGUAAGGAUGUAUUUUUAAUGUCUCGUUUAAAUUUUAAAACACUAUUGGUUAGGUUCAGGCAAAAGUUUUAGGUUAGGGAGGUAUGUUUUAAUCAUUAAAACAUCCAUCUAAAUUCACCUUAAAUCCUUGUCCGUAUACAACACCAUAUUAAUACAACACCAUAUUACUUGCUUUUAAUGUCCCCAGAUGAACAUUUAAUUGGAAAACUGUAGGUAAAAGUGUUAUACAGCACGUACAUUUUGAAUUGCAAAAAUGUUGUCAUGGUUACGUAAAUUUCAUGAGAUCAGGCUUAUUUAUUCAGCUUCAUGUUGCUUAAGACCUGUAAUGCUGUAUUGCAUUCAACUUGAAAAGACAGAAUUUCCAACUUCCAACUAGAAGAAAUGUGCAACAGAACGCCACUUAAAGUCAGACAUCCAACUUGGAAACUUGUGCGGAAAUCGUCAACUCCAGAUUCGCAUUUGUCUUUGCUGACAGUCGAAAAACCGAAGAGGUGCUGUUUUGUUUGCUUGUAUGUCAUCUUCCAAGCCUCUCACAAUUGAAUACCUUUUUAUUUGGAGAUCGAAGACAUCAAGUUGAAAUAUCCCACAUGGACAUUGAAUAGAACACUGCAUUAUUUGUUUACAUGGAACAAAAGUCAUAAGUCACGCAAGAACCAUUUUUGGCAUCAGUUACCAAUGACACACCGUUAUUAACUGUGGGCUAGAAAUGAGCAUCUUAUGGUCUGUCUUCAGGAGACUUGGAAUAUAGUGCAAAAAUGUUAUGGACUACUUUGUGAUGCUUUUUAUAAUGCUCAUGAUUUUAAAAAAAAUGUUGUCCUUUUUGGAGCUUGGCAGAUGUAGUCACUAUGAAUCGUUGUUGUAUGGAAAACAGCUGUGCAAAGAUUCUUUAAAUGUUCUCAACCUAACAUCGUAUAGAUUUGGAAUGACACAGAAGAGUUACGCAUUUAUGUUGUUCUAAAUCUAUAUGCUGUUUUGUUGAUAAUUAAAAAUUUUUAAUGACAAUUUUAAUUUCUCUGUGAACUACUGUACUCUUUUUUUAUUAUUAUUUUUAGGUUUUGAUUAAAUUUACAGUAUGAGCUCUGAUAGAACAUGUACAUCACCUAGAGGUCUAUUGAUGUCUAUGUUUACAUCUGGAUGACAUAUUUUUACAUUGUUUGCUCAUCUUCAAUACGUCUAUAAGACCUUUCCUCUCGGAUGUCAAUAAGACAUACAGCAGAUGUCAUUUGUGAUUUAGAACGUUGUUAAUCCUGAUCUUUUUAAGAUGUUUAGCUGAUAUAAAUUAGAUUGUGAUGGUUUCCAGAUGAAAAUAUCUAAAACAGACAUCUCAGAGAUGUAUGUGGGCUAUCUUGGACUACACCAUGUCAUCAUUUCUUCAUGUUUAUCCACUAAUUUGCUUGAUAAUAAUGUUCAGAUACCACUAAAAAUCCUUAGAAUUAAUUUAAGUUAAAUUGUAGCAAUGAAAUAAGAUUCAGAAAAUAUGUGUUAUCACUUCCUCAGUAGCACUGCAUUUGCUCAGACUGUCGUACUGUAGGUUAAACAACAGUGUCAUAAUAUUUGGACAGCUGAAGUUGCCAUGUGUUCUUCGAUUGUACAGAAAUGAGCUUGUUUAAAAUAAUUUAGCCUAUAUGAAGUGCCUGUGUUUGACAAACUCUGAGAAACUGAUUAUUAAUUACAGCCCAAGCAAGUCGUAAAUAAAUACAUAAAAAAUCGGUAUUGUUUUUACAUCAAUAACUGAGUUCACACAUAAUUUUAUUCACAAACAUUGUUAUUUGCUUGUAUUCUUCUUUCUUAAAAACCUUUAC